ACCGCGUCGGCGCCCUAGCUCCGCCCCUUCGCCGUGCUCCUCCUCGCGGCGCUCCUCCCGGACGCCUCCCCGGACCUCCUCUCCUGGCCCAGUAGCGCCAGGGGCAGUGCGAGCUCGAGGUACGGUGCGCACUGACUCGCGCUCCACGCGUUCCUUGCCGUCGGUAUGGCCCGCGAGGCGCUCGACGUGCUCGCGUGCGUCCGCCGCGCCGGGAACACGCCCAGCCUCUCCGCGCUGGCGGCCCUGAUGCGCCUGCUGUUCUGCGGCGGGAAGUCCGAACCGCUUGGAAGGUGUUCGAGGAAAUGGCCGCAAGGGGCCCGUGACGGAGCCUCGCCAUCUUCAACGCCAUGAUCCUUGGGUUCUGCCACAAGGGGCUCGUACGAGUCGGGGCUGGGCUGCUAAGGUUCAUGGGUAGGUUCCGUGUGGUCCCGGACGUGUGCAGCUAUAACAUCCUGAUCAAGGGGCACUUUGUGUUUGUGUGGUCAGCGGACGCGUUCAAGCUGUUUGAUGAAAUGCGCGUAUCAGGGUGCAAGCCAACGGUUGUGACGUAUAACAUAUUGGUGGAUGCACUGUGCUGUGAGUGGAGGAUGGCGGACGCUAGGACGCUGUUCGAUGAGAUGGUACAGGUGGGGAUCAAAGCGAAUACAAUCACAUUCAAUGUUUUGAUUGAUGGAUAUGCAAAGGCCGGACAGAUGGAUGAGGCUAACGCGGCCUGUAGGGAGAUGAAAUCGAGGGGCUUACAGCCGGAUUGCUGCACCUUCAACAUUCUUUCUGCUGGAGCAUACAAGUUUGGAAGCGCUGUCCAGUUAGCCCAUGAUCAGCAGCCGUUGCAUGAAAUGUUUGGUUCACAGAUGUCAGCUGAUGGGUUGGAUAUGCUGGUCUGUAGGCUUUGUUGGGAUGGGAGAUUUGAUGAUGCCUGGGAGCUCCUGCGUGGUGCUAUUGAGCAGGGUGUUGCAAUGAGUGUUGCCGGAUUUAAUGCGUUGAUCGCCGCAUAUAGCAAGGAGGGAUUCAACAAAGCAGCUUUUGAACUAUAUAGAGUUAUGAACAAUUUAGGAUUGUCACCGUCGUUGCCUACUUUCAAUUACUUGAUAAUGGGUCUGUGCAAUGAAGGCUGGCUUGAUGAGGCACAGCUGCUAUUAGAACAUAUAAUUAAUAAGGGAUAUUGUGUGAGUACAUCAUUUACCAUCUACCUAGAUGCAUCCUUCAGAGAGUGGAAUGCAGUCGACACUUUGAAAUGCUGGGAUGAUAUGGAGAAAACUGGUCUGCAAUAUGUUGAGUUGAACUGGGAUGUUAGUGCCAGAGCAGUUGAGAAGCUUCGUGAGCUCCAAGAAUGUUUCAGUGUGCAAACCAAUGUUAUUACAGUUGAGGCAUUGUCACCAUCCGUCCAAGAGAUGCCACGUCCAUCCACAUAACACCAGUCUUCUAGAGUUGAAAUGUUACAAGAGACCAUGAAGUGUAUUAAGGGUAACCCAGUGGGAGUUAUUGGAAUUUGGGGCCUAGGUGGACUGGGGAAGGCCCAGCUAUAACCAGAUUGGUGAUGAGGCCUCCCGGGAAAUUACUGGGCAGCAUCCGUGCGCUUACUUCAGAGAGCAGCCAACAUGCAUGGCGGAUCGAUCUCAUUAUGAUUGCUUUUUAAGAUUUAGGUUGUCCACAUGUCAAAAGAAAAAUGCAUGCUAGGUUAUCUGAAGGGGACUGGUCAUGUGCCAUGCUCAUUUGUUGCAAUAUUUUCUGAAGAGUUAAGACAUUGUUGUAAUGUUAGAUCUUUCGUGUUGUAUAGAAUUUUUUUGAUGAGGACAUCCCUUCCAUUGAUGCAAUCAUGCCUAUUGCACAGCAGAGAUCAAUGAUUCGAGCUCAAGCACGUUGAAUCAAUUAUCAGGUAAAGUCGUUCUUUGCUGUUUAAACAAGUUUCUCUCCGAAUGUGGUACUAUAAAGCCUUGUAAUGAUUUUCUUAUGCUUAGAAACUUGAGAGACGAACCAGCUGGACCCAAGAGUAACCAAGUUAACCAUCGGUUGGAUGUUGAUGUAAACAAGAAGAUGAUCAGACCAAACGUCCAGACCGCACGUUCGGACCUUCAGGCAGCACCAUUUUGAUUUGUCCAUAAUUCUCUGCUCUGGAAGGUGAUUGGGGCCUAUAAGUAUUUGUUGGAAAGAUCUUGUCAUCUAUUUCAUAUGGAUCCAACACCAGCAUCAGAUUCCAUCAGAGCUGCUCAGAAUCGGCGAAAGAACAUUCGGACCUCCAGCCAGCCUUGGUCCUUGUAUCUUGUAGAGCUUACUAGGGACCCAUUCUAAGUUAGGGUUUCAUCUCCUCACGUCUCUUGGCUGCCUCCUAUGUAUAAAUAGUAUCAGCAGUCGUCAGGAACAAGGUUGGGUUUUGUUUAGAUGCAAGAUAGCUUCAGCUUCUUCCUUGUAAACGCAUAUGUCGGCUAGACCACCUGUUUUACUCGA